GCCUCCAGGGGUCAGCCGCGUGCUGAGAAACUUUAUUGCACCGCAGAAGAAGCUUUGUGUCCUUCACAACAGCAAACAUGGCCACUGCUACUAAAAUCAUCCAGAGGCUGCGAAAUUUUCUAGCAGGGCGGGACCUGCAAACCAAACUUCAGUUGCGAUAUGAGGAGAUCGCAAAGAGGACACAGCCACCACCCAAACUGCCAGUAGGCCCGAGCCACAAGUACGCCAGCAACUACUACUACACCAGAGACGGACGCAGAGAGUCAGUGCCCGCCACAGUCGUCAUGUCUUCCCAGAAGGCUCUCACUGCUGGCAGCCAAGUUGCGGAAGCCCCAAAGCCUCCAGUUACCCCGGGUGCUGUAUAUAAAGGGCCAUCACUCUCCACAGACCAGCCGUACCUCUGAGCAGCAGGAUAAACCAUUUCAGCAUCAGUAGAAUCAUUUCUCCAUCCAAAGCUGCUGCAGAGGCCUGACCACAGCAAGUGUUGGUUGUAUCCUGUACAUUAGAAAGUGUUUAAUAAAAUAUAUUAUAUGUUUAA